CUGUCCGAGUCCCUUGAAGUCCUGCAGGAAUACAACUGACUGCAGCGAGGGAAGAACACCAACACUUACUGGCGGCUCUUACCUCAGUUCCUGGGUGUCCGUGUGAUACAAGUAAAUUUGUAUUCAGUGGACGCAGCUAAUUUAGAACAAUGGAGUACCGGUACCGAGAUCUCAUUUCCUCUGCUUCUUAAAAGAAGCAGCCAAUGAGAGCCAGAGAGUCAGGCUCUCCUUCUGUGGUAACUGCAGACUCUGCCCCCACCAAGUGACUCCUCCCACCAUGAACAAAACAAACCCCCAGAACCCCAUGUUUCAAGAAGCCCAGCUCUUGGACUGGACCUCAGAUAAUUACAGCCACGGUAACCAACGCUUCCAAGAUGAAGUCGACACCAACUACCACGGUGGGCUCAAUGGUUAUGACACAAAUGAGCAAGUCAAGAACAAAGAGGAGGAAGGCUCCAGUGAAGCCACCGAUGGCCACGAUGAAGAGGAUGAGGUCUACGAGGGUGAGUAUCAGGGAAUCCCCUCGGACACCGCACCCAGGAAUGGGCAGGUGGUGGCGGGGCAUGCCAUGGUGGACGGCCUGAAGGACCGACGUGAGCUGGAGAGCGAGAGGCAGGCGGACAAGGAAGAGCUGGCACAACAGUACGAGCUGAUCCUCCAGGAGUGUGGGCACGGGCGAUACCAGUGGCAGCUCUUCUUCGCACUGGGCCUGGCACUCAUGUCAGAUGGCGUGGAGGUGUUCAUUGUGGGCUUCGUCCUGCCAAGCGCCGAGACGGACGUGUGCAUGCCUGACUCGGGCUCUAGUUGGCUGGGUAGCAUAGUGUACAUGGGCAUGAUGAUGGGGGCCUUCUUCUGGGGGGGCAUGGCGGACAAGGUGGGCCGACGGCAGUGCCUGCUCAUAUGCAUGUCCUUGAACGGCUUCUUUGGCUUCCUGUCCUCCUUCGUGCAGGGCUACGAUCUCUUCCUGCUCUGUCGCAUGAUAGCGGGCUUUGGCAUUGGCGGGGCAGUGCCCAUCGUCUUCUCCUACUACGCAGAGGUGCUGGCACGGGAGAAGCGUGGUGAGCAUCUGAGCUGGCUCUGCAUGUUUUGGAUGAUUGGAGAGAUCUAUGCCUCCGCUAUGGCCUGGGUUAUCAUACCUCACUACGGCUGGAGCUUUAGCAUGGCUUCGGCAUAUCACUUCCAUAGAUGGAGAGUGUUUGUGGUGGUGUGUGCUCUACCAUGUGUCUUCUCUGUGGUGGCCCUCACCUUCAUGCCUGAAAGUCCUAGAUUUUACCUGGAGGUGGGGAAGCACGACGAGGCCUGGAUGAUCCUCAAACAAAUCCAUGACACCAACAUGCGAGCACGUGGGCAGCCCGAGAAAGUCUUCACAGUAAAUAGAAUUAAGAUCCCAAAGCAGAUUGAUGACUUUGUGGAGAUGCACACAGACUCCAACAACUAUGUGUCCAAAGUUAUUUUCCGGGCAAAGACUGAAUUUAUUGGGAUGUGGUUGACUCUUGUGAAGUGUUUCAGCUGUCCGCUUAAAGAUAAUGCCAUAAAGUUGGCCAUUGUGUGGUUCACUUUGUCAUUUGGGUACUACGGCUUGUCUGUGUGGUUCCCCGAUGUCAUUAAGCACCUUCAAGCCGACGAUUAUGCCUCUAAAGUUCAACGCCAUAAUAACGUGCGAAUUGAGGACUUCAUGUUUAACUUCACAUUGGAGAAUCAAAUACACACGAACAGUUUGUUCAUUAAUACCAGAUUCAUAGGUAUGAAGUUAAAGACGGUCACUUUCAUUAACACCACGUUUCAAAGUUGCUAUUUUGAAGAUAUCACCUCUGUGGGUUGCUUCUUCCGAAACUGUAAUUUUAUUAACACUACGCUGUACAACACGGAUAUUGAUGACUACAAACUUAUCAAUACAAAAUUCAGAGACAGCGUCUUUUUCCACAACAAAACGGGCUGUCAUCUCUCUUUUGACGAUGACUACAGUGCUUACUGGGUGUACUUUGUCAACUUCAUGGGGACAUUGGCCGUGCUACCAGGAAACAUAGUUUCCGCGCUCCUUGUGGAUAAAAUAGGACGCUUAUCCAUGCUUGGGUUCUCCAUGAUUCUGUCUGGAAUCAGCUGCUUAUUCCUGUGGUUUGGCAGCAGUGAAGCCAUGAUGAUCGGGAUGCUGUGUCUUUAUAACGGCCUGAGUAUCUCCGCCUGGAACUCACUGGAUGUGGUCACAGUAGAGCUGUAUCCUACAGACAGAAGAGGGACUGGCUUUGGCUUCUGCAAUGCCUUGUGUAAGCUGGCAGCGGUGCUGGGGAACCUGAUUUUUGGCUCCUUGGUCAGUAUCACAAAAGCCAUCCCCAUACUUUUGGCCUCCACCGUGCUGGUGGGUGGAGGUCUGGUGGGUCUGCGUCUACCAGACACCAGGUCCAACGUCCUGAUGUAGCACCCCACCCCCGCCCCCCUCAGUUGAGUGGAGCCAUGCAACCAGCUUCACACACCCCCACCUCCCAUUAUACAUUCUACAUGUUGAUUGAGGUGUUCCUUUUCAUUUACAAAGCUGAAGGUGAUGGAGUCACUUAAGCAUGUGAAUGAUUAUCAUACAGAGCAGUAUAGGAAUAGUCUACGAUGCAAUUAAACAGAUAAAAACGUGAUACUAGACCUGAAGAGAUUAUCGGAGUCGCUGAGUCAGUGUACUUAAACCUGAUUUGCAUACUGAUAUAUAGGCAGUAUGAGAUGAGAAGUACUAAGGUCUCUGAGCAAGGGAGGCCCAGAGGUACUGUUCUGCUUUGAAAUGGUUUCCUCACACCAUAUAUUCAUGCAAACCUUUUACAGUCUUACAUUCCUCUCUUUGCCCGUGUAGUAUUAAGAUGAGCCUGGCGGCAGAUUUCAUGCUGUACGCCGAUGGGCUGUAGUCGAACCCCACCACAGGCACGCCUGUAAAUAUUAAUGCCACGUUAGUAAGAUGCUCGAAAAACAAACUGUUAAUCACCCACUGAACUUGCUGAACUUUAAAACUGUGCCUCUCCUUUGUAAGAUUAUUCUCCUUUAGACAGGAGAUAUACUUUGUAGUAUGGUAGAUGUAUUUGUUCUUCCUACUUGUCAAACAGUCUUCUCUAAAUUCAGAGAAAAAAGCAGAGAAUGUAGGGAAACAAUGCUAUGCUUGAAUGACAUUGCCUCAUCAAACAGAUGGGCCAUCCAGCUGGUGGAAAUAUUGACUGGCUCUAAUCAGGCAUGAGCUCAUUGUGCUUAGCAGUUGUUAAGUUCUCUGUGACUGUAAUUAUAUAGUUUGCUCAGAACCACCAUUAGGUAACUAAAGCCUGAGAGCCGAGUUUAAUUCAAGAUACUAUGGACUUUCCCCCCUUUUUCUCAAAGAGAAUUGGUAGUCAUUACUGUAGCCCUUCAGUAGUAAUUGAUUUGAUCUGUGUGUAUACUCAGCUAGAGUCAGAGCAUCUAUAGACCAUUCAUCUGUUUUUGUUUUAUAGGAUAUUGUAAUAUUUGCAUGUAUUUGCAAAUGUAUUUGCAUAUUCCUUGGUAGUCCAUUAAUAUAACUAUGGACUUGGAGUUGCCUGUGUCCUAUUCACUAACUAGAUGUUGGUGUCUGUGCCAUUUUGUUUUAUGUGCAGUACUAUUGAAUAUAUAAAUAACACAUUUGUUUUAAGAGUGUAGCAAAGCUUUCAAUCUAUUUUGAAGAAUCUAUUUUGAAAUUAUUCUGAAUUAUUUUGUUAUAAAAAAAGACAUGGAGAUUAUAGAUAAUGUUGUGCCCUGUAUUAUUUAUGAUUAGGCCAACAAAAAACCAAAGUGACUUCUUGCUGUUUCAGUUUCAGCAGGGCUAUGCCAUCUCUUAAAAAAAGAUUUAUCAUUCAAAAAGUUCUCAUGAGUGCUAUUCUAUAUUAGCUAAAUCUAAAAAUAUUUUUUGCCCAUUUGAUUUGUCUGCACUAGUGUUAUUGAGGGGUACUAAUGUUUGUGUAAAGUAUAUAUGUAUUUAAAUGUGUGUGUUUGGACACAAAUGUGUGUGUACCUGUAAAAUAUUGUAUAUAUUGUGCAGUGGUUGUUUCCAACAUUCAGGCAGAAUAUGUUGUGUACAUGUUUUGAUAUACACAUAUGGAGAUGGAAUGCAUUCCCAGGACUUUAUCAUCUGUCAGUACACUGCAGAAAGUGUUCCAGCAAAUAGCCAACCGUCUUCUGCUGUCACGAACAAUAUUGCAUGUAUGUAUGAAACACUUGGUCCUUGUGCUCAUUUCUGAGUUCAUAUGUCCAAGUGGUUAAAGGACAGUCAGAAAAUGAAAAUAAUGAGAAUAUCGUUAUUUGGAGUAAACAAGAGAAUGUGACACUGCUAUAUGUUUUAUGGAAAUUGUGUGUAUGGGUUGUGAGUAAAGAAACAGAAAAAAAGCUUAAUUUUGUGAAGGUAAUAAAGAUAUGUGUUGAAA